AUGGAUUUUUUUCUUGGCAUUUUAAUACUUAUGGCCAAAAUUACAUUGUAUCAGGCACAACAAUAUCCUCUAAAUAAUCAUCAAUCAAACUUUGAUGCAUUUACUAAUGAUGAACAUUCCGGUGUAUCUAUUGCAAACGAAUAUCCUCAG